AUGAUCUCUUCCGGAGGCGUCACGGUGCUGGUUGUGUUUAUAAUCCGCCCUUGUAGCUCUCAAGGUGGAACAUGCCAUGCAAAUUGCGGCACAGGAUUGUGGCCGUCUCUGUCUACCGAUUGGAGUAUUGAGUGCACCGCGAACCCGUACUGCAUGUUUGGUUGCCCUGAGUGUUUCACGACGACCAGUGAGACUUCCAGCACGACCCAGUCCUCCACCACAGGGACAUCAACCCAAACCAGCGAGAGUUCCAGCACGACGUGGUCUACGACCACAGUGAGUACAACCUCGGAGAGUUCCAGCACAACGGUGUCUUCAACCACUGGGACCUCGGCCACGGUGAGUACAGCCUCCGCGAGUUCCAGGACGACCCAGUCCACAACCUCUGUGAGUUCAACCACGGGGACCGUAACCACAGUGAGUACAACCUCGGAGAGUUCCAGCACAACGGUGUCUUCAACCACUGGGACCUCGGCCACGGUGAGUACAACCUCCGCGAGUUCCAGGACGACCCAGUCCACAACCUCUGGAAGUUCAACCACAGAGACCGUGACUACAGUGAGUACAGACUCACAGAGUUCCAGCACAACGGUGUCUUUAACCACUGGGACCUCGGCCACGGUGAGUACAACCUCCGCGAGUUCCAGGACGACCCAGUCCACGACCUCUGUGAGUUCAACCACAGAGACCGUGACUACAGUGAGUACAGACUCACACAGUUCCAGCACAACGGUGUCUUUAACCACUGGGACCUCGGCCACGGUGAGUACAACCUCCGCGAGUUCCAGGACGACCCAGUCCACGACCUCUGUGAGUUCAACCACAGAGACCGUGACUACAGUGAGUACAGACUCAGAGAGUUCCAGCACAACGGUGUCUUUAGUCACUGGGACCUCGGCAACGGUGAGUACAGCUUCCGAGAGUUCCAUAACGACCCAGUCCACAACCUCUCGGAGUUCAACCACAGGGACUUUAACCGUGGUGAGCACAGUCAGCGAGAGUACGAGCACGACGGCGUCUUCAACCACAUCGACCACAGGCAGCCAGAGUUCCAGCACAACGGUGUCUUUCACCACGUCGAGUCCAACCUCUUCGAGCACAGUCAGCGAGAGUUCCAGCACAACUGUGUCUUCAGCCACAUUGACAACAGGCAGCCAGAGUUCCAGCACCACCAGGUCCUCGACCACGUCGAGUACAAUCACGUCGAGUGCAACCAGCGAGAGUUCAAGCAAGACGGUGUCUUUCACCACGUCGAGUCCAACAUCUUCGAGCACAGUCAGCGAGAGUACCAGCACAACUGUGUCUUCAGCCACAUUGACAACAGGCAGCCAGAGUUCCAGCACCACCAGGUCCUCGACCACGUCGAGUACAAUCACGUCGAGUACAACCAGCGAGAGUUCAAGCAAGACGGUGUCUUCUACCAUUUCGAGUCUCACUUCUUCGAGCACACGCAGCGUGAGUUCUACUACGACGGCGUCCUCUUCCAGCACGACGGCGUCUGCAACCACCAGAAGCACAACAAGCGAGAGCUCCACCACCUCCACCACCGUGCACCUGGGCCCCUGGUGGCAGCAGCGCGGCGUGCUGCUCCUGACGCUGCUGUCGGUGACCGUCGCCGUGAUGGCGACCUUCGCUGGGCUCUGGCAGUCGAUCCUGCGCGCAGAGUGCCCCUACAGCGACGGCACCCCCGAGGUGCGGCAUACGUGCCUCUCCGCCUGGGACGCCCACGCCGCCGGCACCCUCCCCGGCCACACCCGCCUCUCCGCCGCGGCGAUCCGCGUGGCCUGCUGCCUGUCCGGCGUCGAGGUCGGCCGCGAGGAGCUCGCGGGCAGGCCGCUCGCCGAGAGCCUCGGCCUGGUGGCCACCCUGAAGUGCCUGAGCCUCCUCCUCCUGGCGGACGCGGGCGUCACCGGUGUGGACCUGCGGCGCCUUGGCCAGCGAGCCGUCGAGGCCGACCCCAAGAGCGGCGCGGGGCGGAUUUGCAAGAGGCUGCGUCGCGCCCUGCGGGCGCUCGAGCGCAGGGAGCGCCUCGCCAUGGGCCUCGGCCUGGAGGUGCGGCAGUGGGACCUCUUCUACUCGUUGCACCCGGUCCUCGGGCUAUGGGUGCACCACCUUGGACACGGGGGGCCUUGGCUGCGGCGUGCGGUGGUGAGCACGGCUGGGCUGUUCGCGUCCCUGGCGUGCUGCGCCUUGCUGUUGCUUGCGUGGGCCGAGGGCCCGGUGAUCGCGCCCUGUAUGCUGCCCGACGCGGGCCUGUGGCAGGAGCUCGACCUCCAGACCGUGCUCGGCGACUGCGGCAUCGCCGCGCUGAGCGGGCUCGUUGUCCCAGUGGUGACCGCCGCCAUCGUGAGGGCAGGGGGUGUCGUCGCCAACGUCGCGCUGCUCAUCGGCUCGGUGCUGGUGGUCCUUGCGUUUCUCGCGAACGUCUGCAUGGUCGACGUCGACCACUGGAUCGUGGCCUUCUUUGCGCAGCUGGCGCUCUGCUGGCUGCUGGCCCCCGCGGCGCAGGUCGCGCUCUGCCACGCCGUGUGCGCGCACGCCGCCGGGCGCCGGCCGGCGGUGCUGCUGGAAGCCCUGCGGUGUCUCCAGCUGGCCAUCGCGCCGGGCGCGGCCGAGAAACCGUCGGAGGCUCGAGAUGCCGCACAAGGCUCCAUCCCGUGCGGGGACCAUGUCAGCUGGGCGAGGCCCCCGCCCGGCGGCUCUCCCAUGGAGCCUGUGCUGAGAUCCUCUGCGGGGGUCCUGCUCGAGACUCCGCCCCGCGCGCCGGCGAUCUGCCCGGUCCAUGCCGAGGCGCCAGACCCCCUUGGUCGCUCCCACCCGCCCCGCCGGCGAACCCGCGCCCCAGGCUGCCGCGGCCCGUGUGGGGCGCCGCGCCCGCGGGCGCGCCGGGCGGCCAGGCGUUCGAGCCCCCGGGGCCGCCGAGCGGCGCGCGCGGCGCGUAGGUUCCCGCCGCCGCCGCCGCCAGGCACCGACGAGCCGGAGACAGGGCGGCGCGGGUGUCGGCCUGGUGGUCAUGGGCCCUCCUUCUUAUGGGCCUUGCGCUUCGUUUGCUUAUGCAGCCCUCUGUUCUCGCCAUCGAGCAGGUGGGUGCCUAGUGCCUGA